AUGCCGGCGGGCGGGUCCGCGCGCGGCGGGCGGCACCGCGCCUCCAGGCGCGAGCCCCCGCAGGCCGAGGCUGUCCAGAAUGAGCCCAGGGAAACAACGACACCAUCAUUGAAUCAGGGGCAGGCAACAAAGCUGAGUCCUUCAGGCGACCUGUCACUGGCCAUGGCCUCACCGCUGAGCCCCACACAUCGAGAUCCGAUAUUCCGGCCAGGUGCCAUGGCGGGUGGUUUCAUUUCACAGCGACGUUACAAGGACCGAUGCGUGAGGGCCACAGAGAAAGAAGUCACAAGCCUCACUACAUCUGCAGACUUUCAGGACUGGCUCCAGAUGAAGAUACGCAUCGCAGGGAGGGGCGCGCGAUGGGGUGUAGCUGGCUUUGCAUUGAUGUUCUUCGUUGCCACCAUUGUGGCUCUGGAGCGCAACACAAAGCUGCAGCUCGUUGAACAGCAGAUGCAAUCCACAGGAGGUGUGGCAUACCCAGGGCCAGCAGCCGACCAGGCAGCAGCAACAAGCUGCAAGCAGCGCAUGGCCGAUCUGGAAAGGAAGCAAACGAAGUUGCAGAAGGAGUUUUCAGACCUGGGUGAUAGGGAGGCGAUCCUCAGGAAGGAAAAAAAGAAGCUGGAACAAGAAAAGGCAGGUUGGGAGAAAGAGGCCACCGCGAAAGGAAAAGAAGCCAAGGCUGCACACCAGCAGGUGGAAGCUGAACAAAAGUGGAGGAACGCCCUUGAGGAGGAACUGAAGGAGGAACGCGCACAAUGGCUCAAGGACAAGGCUUCAAUUCAAAAGGAAGUGUGGGUGGCGAAGGAACACCUUGCCAGCGCCAAGAGCCAGUUUGAGGAAGAAAAGGACAAAUGGAGGAGGGCCUCCGAGGCACAGGAUGCCGAGCUGCUGGCAGCAGAGCAGAAGUUUAACAAGGCCAGUGGGGGAGACAACCAACUGAUGGCCCAGCUGAAGGAGGAAAUGUCUGCACUGAAGCAAGAGGCGGACGUGGUCAGGGCAAGGGAUGCUGAGCUGAAGAAGCAGCAGAGCCAACUGUUGGCUAGUGAGAAGCGAGUGCGGGCAGUGGAAGAGCGCCUUGCCAAGGAGAGAGCCCAAUUGGAGCAGGCCAAGGAAGCGGGAAGCGGAGCAGUGGGCUCAGCUGAGUGUGCGGCUGAGGUGGCGGCUGGCCUCCAGAGGGAGAAGACUCUCAUGGCUCUGUGUGCCAUGAGCUUAGUUCUGUUCUUUGGCCUGCUGGCAUGGCGCUGGCGCUGGCCCAGAGCUCGCUAUUCCAAGGGAAAAAAGGUAAAGGCCCGGGCACUCAACCUGGAAGAAGCUUUUGCUGACCCUCCAGUGAGCGGAGACGAGUCAGAAGACAUAAGGGGGGAUGCUGAGAGGGAGAUCAGGGACAAGGGCAAGCGCCUGAAAGUUAAGACAGAUGCAAAAGAAGAGCUCGAAGAAGAAAACAGCAAGCUGGAGAAAAUCACAAGGGAGGUCGAUCAGUUGCGGCGCAGGAAUCGGGAUCUCAAGUUGGUUGCGGCUGAGGUUGACAAGCUUGAGAAGGAGGUCAAGAUGCUUGAGCCUGCAAAACAGAGGCGAGACGAGCUGGUGGCGAUGGUGGGGGAAAUGGAGCAGAGCGCCAAGGAAGCUGAGGUGCUGGAGGAUAAGGUGGCUGGUUACGAGGAUGCUCGGCAGAGGUGCCUUGACUUGAAAGCUCGAUGCAAGGAGCUUGAGCAGUUGUCCAAGAGUGUUCCUGGCCUGGAGGACAAGCUGUCCAAUCUGGAGAAGAUAGAGGCCGAUCGCUCAAAGACCUUGAAAGACGUGGAACAGAAGGAAGCAAAGGUUGCACGGCUGGAGGCUGAGAUCAAAGAGAAGAAAGAAGUCGCGGGCCGACUGCCAGACAUGGAGCGGGAGAUGAGCCUUGUGCUCCAAAGGGCAGCGGAGGCUCAGGCUCUGGAAAAGAACUCUGCUGAUGUGGAAGCCAUUGCUAAUACCCUGGAUGCUGUCAGAACUCGAAACAUGGAACUGCACCAUAAGGCUUCAGAGGUGAACUCGCUGUUGGAGGAAUGUGCAGAACUGGAGGAAGUUGCCAGCCAACUGGAUGAGGCCAGGGAAAGGAGUGACGAGCUCAGGGAACAGGCAGAGGAGACCCAGAGAAUCCAAAAGGAUAACAGGGAGCGCAUCCAAGCCUUGAAGGACGCUCAAGAGGAGAUUGAGAGGCUGAAAAAAGAAGUAAAGAAUUUGCCAAAGGCUCGCAGGGAGCGAGAUCAACUGAGGAAGGCUGUCGGUGAAAUGAGCACGAUUGAAGAGGAGUCAGAGGCUCUGCAGGAGCUGGCCAAGGGAAUUGACUCUGCCAGGGAUGAACAUGCAAAGCUCAAGGCAGAGGUGGAAAGGAAGAGAGCUGCACAUGACGACUUUGAAAAGCUGAAGAGAGGCCUGGAGGAUGAGAUUGCAAGGCUCAGUGUGGAGGCUGGAGACCUUGGCGACCUUAGGAAGACGCACGACGACUUGAAGGCCAAAGCAGGGGAGGCCCUGUUCUUGAAAGACGAAUCGAAAAAACUUGCAGGGGCACCAGAUGACUGGGCAAUGGCACGGAGAGAGCACGAAAGACUGCAGGAGCAGUCACGAAAUGCCCAGGCACUCCGGGACCAGAAUGCCAAGCUUGCUGAAGAACUGAAGGCAAUGGAGCAAGAGUCGGCCAAUCUGAAGGACGCUGCAGGGCGCUUAGCGGCAGCCACAAAGGAGUAUGAUGACCUGAAGUCAAAGGCCACCCAGGCUAAGGAACUUGAGGACGAGUGCAGCAGGCUUCGUCAGGCUGCUGUGUCGCUGGGACCCUCCCAAGAGAAGAAGGCUGCAUUGGCUAAGCAGGUUGAGGAAGCCGAGGCUGUUGAAGAGGAGAGCAAACGCCUGGCUGCAGAGCUGAAAAGCAAGCAAGACGCCAUCACACAGCUGGAAGCUCUUACUGAACAGCUCCCUGGUGCCAGGAAGAGGCAUGAGGAGCUCCAGCAGCAGGCAAACGAGCUGCGAGCCCUUGAAGAAGAAAACGAAAAGCUGUCUGCUGCUGUGGCGGCAGCCCCCGCACCAGGCAGCAUUGAUUCUGCCAGGGGCAGAGGACAGGUGGGGGAUGUUAAGACUCGUGAUGCAUCAUGGGAUCACAUAAGACAAGCCCAGGCACGCCCAUCACAAGACCUGGAGGGCUUCUCAGAUGCAGGUGACUCCAUCGCUGAAAGCACAGAAUCGGAAGCUCGCAGUGGCAGGAAGAGAAUGACAGUGAAAUACAAGUCGAAGCUUGCUGUAGACAACCUGGCGCAGCCGAAGAGGGGAUGGCAACACAAAGAAGGGCCUAAGUCAGCCAGGAGCGAUGUCAGCACUAGCAGCAUACCCCAGGCGAGGAAGGGAUCAACAUCGAAGGAGGGCUCUGGAUCGGUCAGCCAACCACGAUGGAAGUAG